GGAGUGAGGUACGAAUUGCUUAGGGGGCGGGACCCAAAGAGGAGCAAGCCCAGGAUUGGGUGGUAUGGGGGCCCGGCGGUGGUGUGUAACGAGGAUUGGCCACCGGGGCGGGGCCUGGCGGCUGGAAUUGGUCCUCGCACCGGGACCUAGGAGAAUUAAUGGAGUCAGCCGGGGGAGAGGGCCCCGCCGGGGCCGCUGGGGCCCCGGCCUCGAAGAAGAAUAAAAAGGUGUCCAAGAGCCGUAGCCGCCGGCGGUGGCGAAAAGUCAAGACCAAAGCUUCACGGCUCGUGCACAGCAUGGACCUACACACAAUGACACAGUCACUGGUGACUCUGGCAGAGGACAACAUGGCCUUCUUCUUGAGCCAAGGCCCUGGGGAGACAGCACGGCGGCUGUCGAGCGUCUUUGCGGGAGUUCGGGAGCAGGCCCUGGGGCUGGAGCCUACCCUGGGCCACCUGCUGGGCGUGGCGCACCUAUUUGACCUGGACGCGGAGACGCCAGCCAACGGGUACCGCAGCCUGGUGCACACAGCCCGCUGCUGCCUGGGGCACCUGCUGCACAAGUCGCGCUAUGUGGCCUCCAACCGCCGCAGCAUCUUCUUCCGCGCCAGCCACAACCUGGCGGAACUGGAGGCCUACCUGGCCGCCCUCACACAGCUCCGCGCGCUGGCCUACUACGCCGAGCGCCUGCUGGCCACCAACCAGCCCGGGGCACUCUUCUUCGACGGUGACGAGGGACUCACCACCGAUUUCCUGCGCGAGUACAUCACUCUGCACAAGGGCUGCUUCUACGGCCGCUGCCUGGGCUUCCAGUUCACACCCGCCAUCAGGCCAUUCCUGCAGACCCUCUCCAUCGGGCUGGUAUCCUUCGGGGAGCACUACAAACGCAACGAAACCGGCCUCAGUGUGGCCGCCAGCUCCCUCUUCACCAGCGGCCGCUUUGCGAUCGAUCCAGAGCUGCGUGGGGCCGAGUUUGAGCGUAUCACUCAGAACCUGGACGUGCAGUUCUGGAAAGCCUUCUGGAAUAUCACCGAGAUGGAGGUGCUGUCGUCUCUAGCGAACAUGGUAUCGACCACUGUGAGGGUAAGCCGCCUGCUCAGCCUGCCGCCAGAGGCCUUUGAGAUGCCGCUCAUCACUGACCCCAAGCUCACAGUCACCAUCUCGCCCCCCUUGGCCCACAUGGGCCCUGGGCCGGUCCUCGUCAGGCUCAUCUCCUAUGACCUGCGUGAAGGACAGGACAGUGAGGAGCUCAGCAGCCUGGUGAAGUCUGAGGGUCCGAGGAGCUUGGACCUGCGGCCUCGGCCGCAGCCAGCACCCCGCUCACGGUCCCUCAUCGUUCACAUCCAUGGUGGUGGCUUCGUGGCCCAGACCUCCAAGUCCCAUGAGCCCUACCUCAAGACCUGGGCCCAGGAGCUGGGCGUCCCCAUCCUGUCCAUCGACUACUCCCUGGCCCCCGAGGCCCCCUUCCCCCGAGCUCUGGAGGAGUGCUUCUACGCCUACUGCUGGGCCGUGACGCACUGCACCCUCCUCGGCUCAACGGGCGAGCGGAUAUGCCUCGCGGGAGACAGCGCAGGCGGGAACCUCUGCUUCACCGUCUCCCUUCGGGCAGCAGCCUAUGGGGUGCGGGUGCCAGAUGGCAUCAUGGCAGCCUACCCGGCCACAAUGCUGCAGUCCACUGCCUCUCCCUCCCGCCUUCUGAGCCUCAUGGACCCCCUGCUGCCCCUCAGCGUGCUCUGCAAGUGCGUCAGUGCCUAUGCUGGUGGGGAGACAGAGGACCACUCUGACUCCAACCAGAAGGCGCUGGGCUUGAUGGGGCUGGUGCAGCGGGACACAGCUCUGCUCUUCCGGGACCUCCGCCUGAGUGCCUCCUCGUGGCUCAACUCCUUCCUGGAGCUGACGCACAAGUCCCAUCCGAAAUCAGUGCCCAUGGCAGAGCCAAUGCGGCGCAGCGUGUCUGAAGCAGCGCUGGCCCAGCCAGAGGACCCACGGGGCACAGACCCCCUCAAGAGCCUGACACUGCAUGCCCUGAACCUCAGGGGCAGCAGCGAGACAUCGGGCACCUCCGAGCUGUCACUGUCAGCCGAGACACUUGGUCCCUCCACGCCCUCAGACGUCAACUUCUUACUCGGGCCUGAGGGUGCCCAGGAAGAGGUUGAGGCCCGAGAUGAGCUGAACAGCAAAAACAGAGGCCACGGCAUUACUGCCGCAUUCCCUGAGGGCUUCCGCCCCAGGCGCUCCAGCCAGGGCCCCACGCGGAUGCCCCUGUACUCAUCGCCCAUCGCCAAGAACCCCUUCAUGUCACCACUGCUGGCACCUGACAGCAUGCUGCAGAACCUGCCACCAGUGCACAUUGUGGCCUGCGCGCUGGACCCAAUACUGGACGACUCGGUCAUGUUCGCACGACGGCUCCGCAACCUAGGCAAGUCCGUGACGUUGCGCGUGGUGGAGGACCUGCCGCACGGCUUCCUGAGCCUGGCGUCGCUGUGCCAGGAGACGCGGCAGGCAGCGGCGCUGUGCGUGGAGCGCAUCCGCCUGGUCCUCUCUCCGCCUGGGCCCGCCCCGCCGAGGCCGGUCUGAGCUGCCCCGGGGGAGCCGGGCUGCGUGGGGACGUGGGGGCUGUGGGGGACGAGACUAAAGGCCUCUUGUUCCCAUCA